UCAAGAUGGCGGAUGGCUACGGAGAAGAGGGUCCCCUCGAUACUAAAGAAGCCGGGGAUCAAAUAAAAGCAAUUUUGAGGCGUUGUAGAGGCCGUCCUAGGCUUACAGAUUCUGACCGUGCACAAAGACGUCUCGAGUCCCGCAAGAAGUAUGAUGUUAGGCGAGUUUAUCUUGGAGAAUCGCACAAGGUUUGGAGUGAGCUACGCCGACGAACGAGUUUGAGUGACGCUGGACUUGCAGAGUACCUAAUACUGCUCAACUCAACAUAUGGAGAGAGAUACCAGCAAAAAUACGCAGGGAAGAAGACCACCACAGAAGCAUGUGCAAAACUGAAAAGAGGGAAGGAGCGAGUGUCUAGCCUUUGUAGUCUGGUGACCUGGUACCAGGAACACUCACAGACCUGUCCACAUGAGCCCCAGCUCAGAGCUCUGGAACCCCAACCCGGGUUUUCUACCUCUGCUAUCUGGCAGUGUGAUGCUGACCAUUCAUUUGUGCAGCACCUCUCCUCACCACCAAGAGGGACCAGUGAGUCGGAGGGGGAGCUGGAAACAGAGAUGGAGGAGGAAGUUGACAGGGAGGCAGAGUCAACUGUCGGAAUUGUGACCAAGAGGAGGAGAGAAGUCACAAAUGCCCUCAGACAGCUCACUGAUGUGGGAGAGGACUUGGACGAGGCUGGAGCCGAGGCUACGACGGGUCGGGGGGCCCAGGUGACGGCUCUCAGCGUGCUUCCAGAGACGGAGGCCCCGUGUAGGGAGAACCCACUAACCGAACCCCUUUCUGGGAACCCGUCCGUGUGGGAGAUGGAGGUGGUGAUGGAGGAAGGCAGGAGGCGGGUCCCGGAGUCUGACAACGAAGGUGCAGGUCACGACGCUGAAGGGGACGACGUCCAUCCAGAGGACGAGGCGGAGGACCUGAGAAGACGCCGAAGACAUAGAGGAGAGGAAGGAGUGGCCGUGUCACAGGAUGGCUACGAGUGUGUUGUGGUGACUGCGUCCAUAACUGACCGACUGGACAAAACCGAUGAGGAGGACACUACGCAGGAAAUGGGUGACACGGUGGGGGUGGAGCCCAGCCCUCAUCCAGACCCAGACUCAGUACAGGUGCCUGGCCAGGGGGAGCGCUUGUUCUCCCAGGCCACCGUGGUGCGCAGCUGUGAGAUACCAGAGCAGCGAGAGACACUGGAGGGGUCCCAGCUGAUCAUCAUCACUGGCCCCAGCUAUGAGGCAUUAACCACUGAUGGCAUCCAGCUCAACAUGGGGGGCGGAGAUGUGGAGGAGGUCACCUGCACUGUCAUAGAGGGUGUGGCCUACAACCAAGUGUGCCAAUCGGGGGACCUUGGGACAACCGAGGAAGACUCCAUCGCAGGCCUGAGUGACAAGGAGCUGCUCCAGCCCAGUGUUGAGUCUCAUUGCUUGGAGCCUACUUGUGACAGAGAGCUACAGAGGGGACUGAGCAGGUCUAGAAGAAGCAGGCGAGGUCCUGUCAUUGAGGCAGAUGGGAUGCUCAAGAUGUUCCACUGUCCCUAUGAAGGCUGUAGUCAGGUCUAUGUAGCCAUCAGCAGCUUUCAGAACCAUGUUAAUCUGGUUCACAGGAAGGGGAGGACCAAGGUGUGCCCCCACCCUGGCUGUGGCAAGAAGUUCUAUCUGUCAAACCAUCUGCAUCGGCACAUGAUCAUCCACUCAGGGGUCCGAGACUUCAUCUGUGAGACUUGUGGGAAAUCAUUCAAACGAAAGAAUCACCUGGAGGUUCACCGUCGCACCCACACAGGAGAAACGCCUCUUCAGUGUGAGAUCUGUGGGUACCAGUGCCGACAGCGAGCGUCUCUCAACUGGCACAUGAAGAAACACACCCCAGAGGCCCAUUAUAACUUUACCUGUGAACACUGUGGCAAGAGGUUUGAAAAACUUGACAGUGUUAAGUUUCACAAACUAAAGAGCCACCCAGACAAACAGGCAACGUGAGUAGAAGGAGCACUACUGGAAAGUAAAUAUCAGCUGAUGAGGGGAAGGAAUCUGUUUAAGAACAGGAGCCAACAGACAAGUAUGCACCUUUGGGAAAAGGCUCUUCUUUAUGAACACUAAGGACAUUGCUUAGUCUCACUUCCUGUUAGGGGCCCUGGUCUCAAAGCUGUGCUGGACAUGGCCCUUUAAGAGCUCAGUGAAGCAGCCUUGUUGUUAAUGUAGUAUGUCAGUCCUCUUUGCAUAAUGUUUUACAGCUCUAAACCAUACCAUAUUGUUAAUAAAUUGAAUUAUUUUUAUAUUUUA